AUGGAGGCGACCCGAAGUGGUGGCUCCAAUGCCAAGGCCGGGUCUCUGCUGGAUCAGCCGGAUCAGAAGGAUCCCCUCAAGAUCAAGGGCAGGCGCAUGCGGCUGGAAAUCGAUGCGCAUGUGCUUGGCCGCAGCGAUUUGACCCUCCAAAAACGUUGGCAGGUUCCCAUCGUCUUGACAGAGGAGAAGGAUGAGGAUCAGGAUACAUGGCAGUGUCAGAUGGGGGAGCUCAUCUUUUGCUUGAACGAGCUCUUGAAGCUUCAGGUCUCCAUUGCUAGCUCCUUGGAGGUAGCGUGCCUGGCCUUCCGCCACGCGGAUAGGGAUCUUUCGGACAACAUUCGACGGGCCUUCAACGAGGUGCGGUGCCACGCGGUGCCACUUCCGGCGGCAGUUCUCCGAUUUUUGAUCCGAUAUUUUCUGCGGGUGUUUUUCUGGGAGGCGAACAAGCUGUCUGCCAAAGCUGCAACGGUGGUGUCGAACUAUGCUCAAGUUGCCCAACAGGUCAGUCGCAAUAUUCUGCCAGACCUGAAGUUGGCCAUUCAGGAAAAAGAGCCCAAUUUGGCCGUGAGCUUGUUGGGCAUAGUCAAAGACUGGGUGGCCAACAUGAAGAAGGAUGGCGAGCAGAUUCAACACCUGUAUUCAGCUUUGCAAGAGGCAUGA